AUGCCGGCGAUUCGCCCUGAAACGUUGAACGUUAUCCAGCUGGGAGUCGGAUUUUUCUUUAUUUUCUUUGCUUUUAAUUCACAAGGUUUCAUUGAGCAACCGGUGAUCAGCAGUGUUGCAAAGCGGGGAAAUGUCAAUGAACAUGCUGGAUAUUAUAGUUUAUCAAUUAUUUACGCUGUUUUUACGGUGGCGAAUUUUGUGGCCGCGCCUAUUGUGAACAUUCUAUCGGCGAAAUGGGCAAUGGUGUUGGGAGGAUCAAUGUAUUGCGCGUUUCAGGCCGGAUUUCUACAUGUCAAUCAAACGUAUCUCUUCAUUUCCAGUGCCGCACUUGGAUUCGGAGCAGCUAUUCUCUGGACCGGUCAGGGGACAUAUCUCUCAAAGAAUUGUGAUGAAACGACAACGAGUCGAAACAGUGCUAUGUUGUGGUCGAUUAUGGAGUCAUGUAUUGUGGCUGGUGGAAUAUUCUUGUUCAUUGUUUUCCAUCAGAGUAAAACCACCGACGAUAUUCCUGAUUCAACCGUUCAUUUGCUUUAUAUUGUGUUUACUAUUUUGAACAUAGUCGGAUUGAUUUGCUUGGCGUUGUUGAGAACGCCACCGGUUCGUGCGGAUGAGGAGAAUAAGCCGAAGUUGAGUUAUCCAGUGUUGUUAGGGUCAACUUUUCGUCUAAUGUUUACGAAGAAAAUGCUCUUGUUGGCGUUCGCGUUCAGUUACACGGGAAUCGAGCAAUCCUUUUGGACAGGAGUCUAUCCGACUUGUAUCUCAUAUACAUUAAAACUAGGCGACAAUACGAACUCGAUGCUGGCUUUGACAGCGAUGUGCGAGGGAUUGGGGCAUAUAAUGGCUGGAGGUGCCUUUGGAAUCUUGGCCACUAAAACGAAGAAAUUGGGGAGAGAUUCGAUUGUUCUUUGCGGUACCAUUGUUCAAUUGAUUUGCUUUGCCGGAGUGUACAUCAAUAUUCCUGCUGAUGCUCCAAUUCGGCAGACAAAUGACACCGGUGGACUCAUCGAUCCACAACUUUGGAUUGCUCUCGUUUGUGGUUUCUUGUUGGCUUUUGGGGACGCGUGUUGGAAUACGCAGAUCUAUUCACUGCUUGUUGAUGUGUAUUCUCAGAAAUCGAGUCAAGCAUUUGCGCUUUUCAAAUUUUAUCAGUCAGGUCUCUCUUGUGCCGCUUUCUUCUACGGUUCAAAACUGCAACUUCAAUGGCAUUUAGCAAUUUUGGUGUUAACGGCUCUCAUUGCAACUCUUGCUUUCUUUAUGGUUGAAAGAUUGAAUUCGAGUGAAGAGAGAAGUCGAGAGUCAACCCAAGCAACGGAUACAUUUGAACUGCCGAAAUCGGUCGAUGCCCCUCAAGUACCAGCCAAACAAACAGUCGAUGAUAGUUGGAAU